UGCUUAGAACUCAAGCAUAGCAAAGAUGGGAACUGAACUUAGAACCGAUUCCACUGACUAUAGAACCGAGCUUCUUUCACCAACAAUAGCAGUAGAGAAUGUGUCUAUGGCUAGGCAACCUUCAUGGAGGAUCAACAUGGAAGAACAUCGGUUACCAGAAAGGCGAAUGGAGUCUCAUUUUGGCUUUGGAUUCUUCAUAAAUACACUAAAGAGGCAAAGGAAACUUGCUGAGUACUACAAGAGGCAAGAAAGGCUUCUUAAAGGCUACCAAGAAGUGGAUUCAUACACUGACUUGGGCAUGAUACCAGGAAAUUUAACAGAGGAUGAGAUGAAGGAACUUGAAAGGAGUGAGAGGGUGGCAAUUUAUGCAUCCAACAUAGGGAACAUGGUGCUAUUUGUGGCAAAAGUGUAUGCUUCCAUUGAGAGUAGAUCCCUGGCUGUUAUUGCAUCAACUCUGGACUCACUCUUGGAUCUCUUGUCAGGAUUCAUACUUUGGUUCACUGCUCAUGCUAUGAGCAAACCAAAUCAACACAAAUACCCCAUUGGCAAGAACCGGAUGCAACCUGUGGGUAUAGUUGUGUUCGCAUCAGUCAUGGCAACUCUCGGAUUACAAAUAUUAUUUGAAUCAGGAAGGGAAAUCAUCACAAAGACUCAACCUGAUAGGGAUCCAGUGAAGGAAAAGUGGAUGAUAGGGAUUAUGGUCACAGCCACAUUGGUAAAAGUUAUGCUCAUGACUUACUGUCGCAGGUUCAAGAAUGAAAUAGUGAGGGCCUAUGCUCAGGACCAUUUCUUCGAUGUCAUUACAAACUCUAUUGGUCUAGCAACUGCAGUUCUAGCCAUCAAAUUCUACUGGUGGCUUGACCCUGUUGGGGCCAUCCUGAUAGCUUUAUAUACAAUCAGCAACUGGGCAAAAACGGUGAUGGAGAAUGUGUGGUCAUUGAUUGGCAAAACAGCCCCAGCAGAAUACCUAGCAAAGCUAACAUAUCUUUGUUGGAACCAUCACAAGGAGAUCAAGCACAUCGACACAGUGAGAGCCUACACCUUUGGGUCCAAUUACUUUGUGGAAGUAGACAUUGUGGUGUCUGAAGAAAUGUCACUUAGUCAAGCACAUGAUAUUGGAGAGACACUUCAAGAUAAGCUUGAAAAGCUACCCGAAAUUGAGAGGGCCUUCGUUCACAUGGAUUUGAACACAACUCAUAAGCUGGAGCAUAAGACAAAGGUGGGAUAAAUCAUGUUAAAGAUUAGUCAUUGUUCGACAAAAUUACUUCGGUCUAAUACCAUGAUAAAGAAAAAAGAAAAAGACAAAGAUGGGAUAGAAAAAGCCAAAAAAUUGGUAGGCAAUGUUUUAAGGGUGUGGUUAUUAUUACUAUGGAUUUCGCUAGCAUAUAUAAAUAUUAUGUUGUGUUUAUUAAUUGGGGAUUAUUGUCCUCUUGUGAAGUUUCUACCAAAAAUACAAAUUGGGUUGACUGGAUUUAGCUUGGAUAUUCAAUCUCGGGUAGGCAUGGGUAACCGAGAUAUAGGAGAGUGACCUAACCAUAUCAUAUAAUUAUAAUAUUCUACUAUUAUAAUCGGAUAUGCAUAAAUAGCAGGAGUGAUAUAUAAUUA